UGUUAUUGUCAUGCUUUAAAACAACGUCAAAGUGAAAACUCUAACAUCAUGAGAGUAGUGGAAAAAAUAAAAUCAAAACUUGUAAAUUUCAAAAACAAAAGUUUACAGUUAAAAUCGUUAGCCUUGAUUCUAAAUUUGUUGAACAUCGUGUUUUGGCGUGCUCCGGAGAGAGGGGUGUCUGGUGUAAUAGGGCCCUCCCAGGAGUGUUUGUUCGCCCACACAGUACCGGCCUACACGGUCAUCCUCGCCUGCCUUGUCCUGGUCUACGUCCUGGGAGGCCGGUGCGGGCCCUGGCUCCAUCGUGUGUACGAGCUGUCCGGCUCUGCCUUGUUCGGUACCUGCGCGGUGAUCGAGGUCUUCAACUACUUCCAGGACUCUCUUGGUGUGUUCCCCCUGCUGAUCGGCGUCGUGUGUGGCGUCAUCUCGCUCAUUCUAUUGAUAGAUGUCAUGAUAAACGAGGAAGCAUUCACCUCCAACAUUCAAACUUAAUAGGUUCUUCACAAAUGAAUAAUAUCACAUCAAAAGAAGGAGGCGAUUCAGAAGGCCGUGGAAAAACCAACGAAAUCUUCCUCUGUGGACCAGUUAAGGCGGAUAAGACGGAGAAUAGUAGGAAAGACCAGAACUCUGGUAAACAAAUUGAGAGCCAUAACCUCAGAAUUGCGGACUAGGCGAGGCA